AUGACAGUGGAAACUGAAUCCAGCAAAGUCGAUGACUCAAGUCAGGAAGCAGAACCUGCCCAGCUUUUGGAUGAUGAAGCAAACAGAAAUCUACCAGUCAAAAAGAAGACUUCCUGUUGCACUGGCUUGAAGGCAUUUCUCGCGGCUUUAUCAUUCAGCUACUUGAGUAAAGCGUUGUCUGGUACGAUUAUGAAAAGCUCCAUCACUCAGAUUGAACGAAGGUUUGACCUGACGUCCUCUACUGUUGGUUUCAUCGAUGGGAGCUUUGAGAUGGGUAACUUGCUGGUGAUUGCAUUUGUAAGCUACUUUGGAGCUAAACUUCAUAGGCCCAAAGUAAUAGCUGUUGGAUGCUUUACUAUGGCUUUGGGAAGCCUUUUAACAGCAAUGCCUCAUUUCUUCAUGGGAUAUUAUAAGUAUGAGACAGCAUCACGUACAGCUUCUUCAGCCAACUCAACUUCAAAUAUAAGUCCCUGUUCUCUAUAUCAAGAUGUGAAUGAAACCUUGUUGGAAGUCUCCCGAUCAGGCUGUGAGAAGGAACCUUCAUCAUAUAUGUGGGUAUAUAUCUUACUGGGAAACAUGUUACGUGGAAUUGGUGAGACACCAAUAACACCAUUGGGCAUCUCUUAUCUUGAUGAUUUUGCUAAAGAAGAGGACGUUCCUGUGUAUGUAGCAUGUUUGCAUACAAUAGCCAUGUUGGGCCCAAUGUUUGGUUUCCUGUUGGGAUCUUUAUGUGCAAAACUGUAUGUGGAUAUUGGAUUCGUGGAUUUAGGAAGCAUCACUAUCACCCCACAGGAUUCCCGCUGGGUGGGUGCCUGGUGGCUUGGUUUUUUAAUAGGUGGAGUAACCAGUUUCCUAGCUGCUAUUCCAUUUUGCUUCCUGCCGAAGAGUCUGAAAAAGCCAGAGGAAGCCAAUAAUGACAAAAAUUCAUAUGGUCUCUUGGAAAACAUGGACGCCAUGAGGAAGACACUUCCUCCCACAAAACCUAAGCCAAACAAAUGGUCAGAAAUACUGAAAGAUUUCUAUACUUCCCUGAAAAAAGUAUUGAGUAAUCGAAUGUACUUUACAUUUUUGUGUUGCUCACUGUUACAGUUCAGUAGCUUUAUUGGUUUCUUGACUUACAAACCAAAGUACAUGGAACAGCAGUAUGGACAAUCUACAUCUAAAUCUAACUUUCUAAUAGGGUUGACAUCCUUACCUCCUGUAGGUAUUGGGAUUUUCCUAGGAGGGCUCAUAAUGAAAAAGUACAAAAUGAGCAUCAUUGGAGCAACCAAGUUUGCAUUUACCAUGUCAUUUUUAGCCUACGCCGUCACUCUCUUGCACUUUUUUGUUGGCUGUGAGAACCAUGUGGUAGCAGGAAUGACAGUGUCCUAUGAAGGUAAACCCAUUCCAUACCAUGAAAAUGCCAUAUUUUCUGAGUGCAACUCUGACUGCAAAUGUGCCUCCAAUGUGUGGGAUCCUGUGUGUGGAGACAACGGACUCACGUACGUUUCGGCGUGUCUAGCUGGGUGUACAACUUCAGUGGGACAUGGAAAGAACAUGGUCUUCCAUAACUGCAGCUGUCUUGAAGCCAGCAGUUCAUGGACAGGAAAUAACUCUGCCACCUUGGGGCAAUGUCCAAAAAGUGACGAUUGUUCAAUGAAGUUUAUUUAUUAUACAGUAAUACAAGUCAUAAGUGGCUUUUUUUACGCAUUGGGUGGCACCCCAGCAUACAUGAUUAUGUUUAGGUGUGUUCAGCCAGAGUUGAAAUCUCUUGCAGUUGGUCUAUACACACUCGUAAUGAGAAUGCUAGCUGGGAUUCCAGCACCAGUUUAUUUUGGUGCACUGAUUGACAAGACAUGCUUGAAAUGGGGAAGCACAAGCUGUGGGCAGCGAGGGGCUUGCAGGCUAUACGACUCCAAUGCAUAUAGGUAUGUCUACCUUGGUUUAUCAGCCGUGUUAAGAGGUCCUUCCUACUUGAUUGCAAUCUGUUUUUUUAUAUUGGUAAAGAAACACUUUCAAAAUAAGAACUCCAGGCCUAUAGAGAAUGGAGAAAGAGAAGACGGUCCUAUGAGUAAAGAAGAUAAUUGCAAGAUCAAAGAACGUUUGCCAGGUUCUUCUGAUGCAGAGGAUGAAUCAUGUAUUUAGAAAGC